CGCUCUCCCUUUUCUUCACCGAACUAUUUCUCCUCGCACACCAGCACUCCUCGCACGCACACAAGCACUCCUCGCUCGCACACCAGCACUCCUCGCACGCACCCAACACCACCUCCACACAUCUCCACCACACUCAGCAACACCCACCAAACGAGAUCUCACCAUGGGCGAGUGUCCCAUCAGAACAGCACCCAUUGGCGGUGGCGGGACUCGCAACCGUGACUGGUGGCCCAACGAGCUGCGAUUGAACAUCCUCCGCCAGCACUCACCCGUCACCAACCCAUUGGGCGAGAAGUUCGACUACGCCUCUGAGUUCAAGAAGCUCGACUAUGCCGCCCUCAAGAAGGAUCUCCACGCAUUGAUGACCGACUCCCAGGACUGGUGGCCGGCAGAUUGGGGCCAUUACGGUGGUCUGUUUGUGCGCAUGGCCUGGCACAGCGCUGGUACAUACCGUGUCUUUGACGGAAGAGGUGGCGGUGGUCAGGGGCAGCAGCGGUUUGCCCCAUUGAACUCCUGGCCAGACAAUGUCAGCUUGGACAAGGCUCGACGCCUGCUGCUCCCAAUCAAGCUCAAGUAUGGCAACAAGAUCUCUUGGGCGGAUCUUUUCCUCCUCACCGGAAACGUCGCUCUGGAGUCCAUGGGCGUCAAGACGGAGGGUUUCGCCGGUGGACGUGCCGACGUAUUCGAGGCUGACGAGUCGGUCUAUUGGGGUGGCGAGACCACCUGGCUCGGAAACGAGGUCCGUUACUCGGAGGGCAAAGAGGGUGUCGCCGGGCACGGUGUCGUCGAUGGCGACCAGUCCAAGAAGGAGCACAAGGACAUCCACUCUCGCGACCUUGAGAAGCCGCUGGCCGCAGCUCACAUGGGUCUCAUCUACGUCAACCCAGAAGGCCCAGACGGCGUCCCAGACCCACUGGCUUCUGCCCGCGACAUCAAGACCACUUUCGGUCGCAUGGCCAUGAGCAACGAGGAGACCGUUGCUCUUAUCGCUGGCGGCCACACUUUCGGCAAGACGCACGGUGCUGCUCCAUCCGACCAUAUGUCUGUCGAGCCACACGCUGCCCCAAUUGAGCUGCAAGGACUUGGCUGGACCAACAGCUACCGAUCUGGCAAGGGACCAGACACCAUCACAUCUGGUCUCGAGGUCAUCUGGACCAAGACUCCCGUCCAGUGGAGCAACUUCUACCUUGAAUACCUCUACAAGUACGACUGGGAGCUUACCAAGUCGCCAGCUGGUGCCAAUCAGUGGGUCGCUAAGACCGACGACCAGCCUAUCCCAGAUCCAUACGACCCCAACAAGUUCCGCAAGCCGACCAUGUUGACCACCGACUUGGCUCUUCGAUUCGAUCCAGAGUUCGACAAGAUCUCUCGAUCAUUCCUCGAGGACCCCGUCAAGCUCCACGAUGCAUUUGCUCGCGCUUGGUUCAAGCUUCUCCACCGUGAUAUGGGUCCACGCGACCGCUGGCUGGGACCAGAGAUUCCAAAGGAGGAGCACAUCUGGGAGGAUCCAAUUCCAAAGUCCACCACCAGCGUUUCCGACUCUGAUGUCCAGGCUCUCAAGAAGCAGAUCCUUGGUGCCGGCAUUCCAAACGAGGAGCUCAUCCGCGUGGCCUUCGCAUCUGCCUCCACCUUCCGUUGCACUGACAAGCGUGGUGGUGCCAAUGGUGCCCGCAUCCGCCUUGCUCCACAAAAGGACUGGGAGGUCAACAACCCAAAGCAGACCGCUCAGACCAUCAGUACCCUCGAGGGCAUUGCCAAGUCCUCUGGCAACAUCUCCGUUGCCGACAUCAUCGUCCUCGCCGGUGCCGCCGCUCUGGAGCAGGCUUCCGGCCAGCCUGUGCCAUUUACUCCAGGCCGAGGUGAUGCCACUGAGGCCCAGACCGACGCCGAGUCUUUCACCCACCUCGAGCCACAGGUCGAUGGUUUCCGAAGCUACGGCCACUCUAGCUCGCGUGUCAAGACUGAGCAGUUCCUUGUCGACCGUGCUCACCUUCUCGGCCUGUCUGCUCCAGAGCUUGUUGUCCUCCUAGGUGGUCUCCGUGUCCUGAACCAGAACUUCGACGGGUCGGCCCAUGGCGUCUUCACCAAGACUCCAGGCAAGCUCACCAACGAUUUCUUCACCAACCUCCUCGACGUCAACACCGCCUGGAAGUCUGUCGGCAACGAGGUCUACGAGGGUGUCGACCGCAAGACCGGCGCCAAGAAGUGGACUGCCACCCGCGCCGACCUCGUCAUCGGCUCCCACCCAGAGCUGCGCGCUAUUGCUGAGGUGUAUGCCUCCGCAGACAACGCCCAGAGGUUCCAGCAGGACUUUGUCAAGACGUGGCACAAGAUCAUGAAUGCCGACCGAUUUGAUCUGACUUCUGCAGCCAGUAAGGCUCGCCCCAACCUUUGAAGUAAAAGCUGUGCCUCCGACAGCACCAAAACCAAUGAUACCAUGAUUCGAUGCGUGAGGGGAUGAAGGAAGGGAAGAGAUGGAUGGGAUGAGAAUGAUGCAUAUCCAAAAGCAUCUUUUCUGUGUACAAAGUACGAAGAAAUCAAAUACAGAGAUUCACAUCUACCGUGUUUUGCUUUC